AUGGCGAACGGGGUAGGGAAGAGGAGGAUGGGUGGUCUGUCGGCUCAUGAGGCGCAUUACAUGGACAAUAGGGCUGAGGCAGAGGGCAUGAGGAAGAAGACAUUCUUGCCGUACAAACAAGGCUUGCUUGGGUGUUACAGUUUCAGUUCUAAGAGUCAUGGUGCCAUGAAUGGGUUUGUCAAAACUUUGAACCUUGUUUUCUCAAGAACCCAGGCAAGUGGCAAGAUGAAUGAGGCUAGUGACUUUGUUCUUGAGAUGAGUAUUCAGAGAUUGAUGUCGAGUGAAGGAGGAGGGAUGCAAGCUAGAGUAAUCGAUGUUGAUGCAAGGGCUCAGGCGAACGCUAGUGAGGUAGGAGGAUUGAUUGGCAUUGGCGAGGUAGGGACCCAAGCAGGUGUCGAGAGCGACGCGGGGCCUCAACCAGGCGUCAAAGACAAGACGAGAAACCAGGAGGGCGCAGGAAGCGAGGUGCCAUGGGUUGGAGCCGAAGGCGAGGUGUUGUGUACUGGCGAGAAGGUUGAUUGCAGAGUAGGCAUGGCAGAAUCGGCGCCCCUGGGUGCUACACGAGGACUGGCGAGCGCGAGGGAGGCGUCACCAGGCGUGGCGAUGGAGGAUGGGCAUGGAGCUGGGAGCCAGAAUGGGGUGCCAAGAGGUUGGGUGUGCUGACGCUAGUGGAGCUAGUACCCAAGAGCAGGUGCCAAAUCUUUAGUGUUAGGAGCACAGACAGACCUUGUGUGUGCUAGGUGUUAAGCGUAGGAAUAUAGCAGGAAUGAGGUGGCGGUGCCGGAUGGCCAUAAAAAGGAUGAGGCCCGAUUGUUGACAUUCAAUCUAAUGUAGUCCCACGAGUUACAAAUGGCCUGAGUUUCAAGAACAUGCCUAGAGAUGGUAAAA